CCGGAGAGCUCCGGAACACGGCCAUCUCUCAGAACGGAGACACCAGCAAGCCGGAACCAGUCCCUUAACCACACUGACGGCCGGACACCACAAUGCAGCCGGCACGGAGGAUACUCACCUUCUCUUCAAGGGGCUCGAACGGCUCCGUAAGGACCCCGGCGCCGUCCACAUGCCUAACCUGCCGAGCACGUCCCACACAACGCCGCGCCUUCUCCCGCUCCGUGCCCCGGCAUGCUGCUCCGUCUGCUCCCUCCCCAAACGGGAUCGCCCGACUCACCUCGCGCAAGCUGAUAUCCGUCUCUGGCCCGGACGCGACAAAGUACCUCCAAGGCGUCAUCACCGCCAAUAUCUACCCUGGUUCUGCCCAUCCCGGCAACAACGAGCACCUGCGCUCCGACGCGGGCUUCUACGCUGCCUUCCUGACCGCCCAGGGCCGCGUGCUGCACGACGUCUUCCUCUACCACGACGUCCGCGACCGCUCCCAUCCGCGCGGCCACAGCUGGCUGGUCGAGGUCGACGCCGCCGAGGCCGAGCGCCUGCAGAAGCACAUCCGGCGGUACAAGCUGCGCGCCAAGUUUGACGUGCGCGUGCUCGACGACGCCGAGGCCGCCGUCUGGCACCUGUGGAGCGACGCCGACGAUCAGAAGCUCUCCACCGCCAUCACCCAACACGUCCACUCACCAUCCUACAAAACCCCCGCCAUCACCACCCGCGACCCGCGCGCCCCCGGACUGGGCCACCGCGUCGUACUCUUCGGUGAUGGCAACCAACCCGCCACCGACAUCACCGCCCUUGGGCCUCCCGACCCGUUCCCGCUCCUCGACGAAUCCUUCUACCGCCUCCGCCGCUACCUGUACGGCAUCUCCGAGGGCCAGGCCGAGCUGGCGUACGGCCAGGCUCUGCCCCACGAGAGCAACAUGGACUUUACCGGCGCCAUCGACUUCCGCAAGGGGUGCUACGUCGGGCAGGAGCUGACGAUCCGCACCGAGCACCGCGGCGUGGUGCGCAAGAGGGUGUUGCCUGUCUUGCUUUACCCCGAAGAUCAGCCGCUUCCGAUUCUGUCGGGAGGAGUAGGAGUAGGGGGGUUGGAGGAGGAGGUGGGGUUGUUGUUGGGGCGUCUGUAUAAGCCGCAGAUCGGGAAUGGGAAUGGGGAUGUAGCUGGGAGUGGUACGGUCGUGGAUGCCGGCAUGGUGCCGACCGAGGCGAGUAUCGGGCGGGUGGGCAAGAAGGGACGCAGCGCUGGGAAAUGGCUGAGUGGGGUGGGCAAUGUCGGGUUGGCGCUGUGCCGGUUGGAGAUCAUGACGGAUGUUGUGCUGCCUGGAGAGACGGGCGGGGUGGGCUUCAGCGAGGGGGAUGAGUUUGUUGUUGGGUUAGACGGCGAAGAUGGGCGGAGGGUCAAGAUCAAGGCAUUUGUGCCGGAAUGGUUGAGGCGGAGGUUGGCGGGGAAAGAAGGGCACUAGGGGAUUGGAAGAGGGUAUUGGGGUUUGAACGUGUAUUAUGAUGGUGUAUACCGAAUGCGUGUGAUUGCGUGUAUAUCAGCUACAAUAGAUAGACAUAGCCAUGCGGUCAUCGCUUGUGAGUAGCCAGGCCGCCGAUGCUGACGGUUUCCCUGCGUUUCAUGGUUCGUCUUCUGGUCGGGUGUCUGUCACCUGAGGCUGGAGAUAACUCA